UGAAGUGCCGACAACAAGUGGUUGUAACAUGCAUUGUUUUCAUUUCUAUUUUAAACAAUGUUCAAGGAGAUGAUAUUUUUUCGUCAAAACAUAUUGAAAUUGGAAAUAUAACAGGUAUGCCUAGAUUCAAACAAAAAAGCUACUACAUCGGUAAUGUGUUUACGGGUAACUUCUUCAAAUCAGAACUCUUUUGUAGAAAAAACGGAAUGAAUUUAGUGACUAUAAAUUCCAAAGAGGAAAGCGAUUUUCUGCAGAAGAUUCUCACCGAAAAAGGUGAUGAUAUCGAAAAUUUUUGGAUAUCAGCCACGAGAUUUCUAGACGUCAACAUAACAAAUGAAUGUACGAAAUUGCCAAUUCCCUCCACUAACGACUGGAUAUGGUUCACUACCGGUGAACGCAUUACCUAUUUCAACUGGCACAUAGGAGAACCCAACAAUAUUUAUCAUCAUGGUGAACUUUGUGUGGAUUUGAAAAAAGACAAUAAAAUAUGGAAAUGGGUCGAUAAAACUUGUUGGGACAAGAUAAACUUUAUUUGCGAAUACACUUGGACUAAAGAAGACAUACAGGGUAAUUCAAAAGAAUCGUCACAGUAUUUAACAGAUAUUUAUUAAUAUGUUUAUGUAUUUCUGAUUAAAAACUUUCUACCAAAUGGAUGACCAAGUUCUUGAAAGACUUUCAGUUUCCAGCCAAUCUUUAAAAUAUACCUAAAUGGAGC